AUGUCGCCUAGCACGCUGUUGCCCCUGCCAUCCGUAGAGUUCGACAACGAGGAAGACGAUGACGCCAUCGCCGUCAGAAUGCAGAUCAAUGACAUGGACAUGACUCCCGAGGAUGCCCUGAUGUUUGUUAACACUGAAGAAGAGCCCCUAGAUGGCGUUGGCGACAACCUUCUGAUCCCGACGCCUGAAGAGCUAGCACCGUUCUACUACGGUGAUGAGGAAAACAUGCUAUUCCCGAUGGCUUAUGAGCCCACAUCAGGAGGCAGCGGCAACAAUAGCCUAAUGUUCCCAGUGCCCUACGAGGCCGCCGCUGAACUAGGAAGCAGCGGCAGCGAUGGCAGCACGUGGAUGACGAGAACUGGAGCUGGGACGGCACCCCGUGUACAACCACCGACCGUGAAUGUCGUCAACGAGAUCAUCUUAUGA